AUGGCAAUGGAUGGCCCCGGACGUCGCGCGUCCUGGCCGCUCGCCGCCGGCGCCGGCGCUGAUUCCGCGGCGCACGCGCGCUCCGCCGUGCGACGGGCUCCAGUAGCAAUGCCUGUUAUAGAAGUGACUCCUAGCAGUCCGAGCGAGCAUGACGAGCCCGCACCUGGCCCCAGCUGUAGUGCUAACAGCGGCUUCUUGUUGCCGGCCCAUCCUGCUUUACAAGGUCAAGUCAUACUGUCUACUGCCCUAGUAGAAGUAUACGAUCGUGACGAGCGCAGACUAGAGCGACAGGCACAAUUGAAGUCUAUGUAUAAAGACUUUAUGAAAGAAUACGAGACUUUGGGAGACAUGUCCAAGGUUACUUCCAAUGAGAUAGUAGGAAACUUUUUGCCCUUUCACGGCGUGUUGCGGCUAUCUAGUCUCACGACAAAAUUGCGGGUUGUGUUCAACGCUAGCGCACGCACGUCAACCGGAGUGACGCUGAACGACAUUCAGUAUGUAGGACCUACUAUUCAGGACGAUCUCACAGCUAUCUUGUUACGGUUUAGACAAUACCGCUUUGUGUACACGGCUGACGUAGAAAAAAUGUAUAGGAGGAUAGUCGUGCACCCUGAUGAUAGGCAUUUGCAACAAAUCAUUUGGCGCAAGGAUCCAUCUGAACCUCUGUGCACAUACCAAUUAAAUACGGUAACUUAUGGUACGGCCAGCGCUCCUUUCUUAGCUGUUAGAUGUCUUAAACAGCUAUCACUGGACUGCUCGGACCCUCGACUCACUGAAAUCAUUGCCCAUGACUUUUACAUGGAUGACUUUUUGUCCGGGUCUGAUACUGAGCAAGAGGCUGCAAGCAUUAUCGCUCGGGUCAGUGCAGUACUUAAAAGUGCCGGUAUGCAUUUACGCAAGUGGCGCUCAAAUGAGCCGAGGCUCAUAAAUGAACAUAACGACGAAUCUAGGAACCUUAAUCUUGGCAACUUGGACGAAACUGAUAUACUCGAAAUCACUGGCGGUUGGCCUUGGCGACACGUACCUACUAAGGACAACCCAGCUGAUCUGGUCUCACGCGGACUUGAUGCGGGUUCAAUUGCUACUGCUGAUAUUUGGUGGAAUGGACCAAAGUUCCUCCGUAAUGACGAAGAGGACUGGCCCAAAAAUCAUCACGCGAGCAAGGAUAGUGACGACAUUAAAGCUGAGGUAAUCACUGCUAAUGUAGCGAGCGAAGCUACACUAUCCCUGCUAUCAGAUUUGAAACUUACGAAGUUUUCCAAUUUUACUAAACUCAAACGAGUCACGGCUUACGUUUUACGGUUUAUUAAUAACGCAAGACCGGGUAGUGUUAGAUAUUCAGGAUUUCUUAGCACAAAUGAACUUCAUGCGGCUAUGAAUACUUUAGUAAAAUUAGCGCAGAUAGAAUCAUUUUACUCAUAUGAGGAUGUAAAAAAUAAAGCCUUACUCAAAGCUAAAGACCCGCUUACAAAACUGAAUCCUUUUGUGGAUUCUGAAGGACUUAUGCGUGUAGGCGGAAGACUUAGAAACGGGCCUUUUAACUUUGAUAAAAAGCACCCAGCUAUCUUGCCGAAAGGGCAUUUUAUAACGGUGACAUAUUUUAAUUCCGUUCACAUCAUUUUGUUACACGCGGGACCUCAAGCCAUGCUAGCGUAUGUAAAGACUACCUAUUGGCCAAUCGGUGGUCGUACCCAAGCUAGGUCAACGUAUCACAAAUGCGUCCUGUGCACUCGUAUGCGCGGUGCAACUAUAGCGCCACUUAUGGGCAACUUACCCUCACCGCGAGUAACGCCAGGCUUUCCUUUCGAGGUUGUUGGGGUAGAUUAUGCCGGUCCUAUACUGGCUGCGUCUCGAAAGGGUCGUGGUAGUCAAACCAUAAAAGUAUACAUCGUGAUCUUUGUGUGUUUUAAAACGAAAUGUGUACACCUUGAGCUAUGUAGUGACUUGUCUGCAGAAGGUUACAUGGCGUCAUUGAAGCGAUUCGUUAGUCGCCGCGGCUUACCUUCUGACAUAUACUCCGACAAUGGAACACAGUUCGUCGGGGCAUAUAAUGAUUUAAAGAGAUUCCUUACCAGUCAUGCGAAGACGUUAUCUGAGUCUGCAGCCAAUGACGGCAUUCGAUUUCACUUUAUUCCACCAUAUUCACCACACUUUGGCGGUUUGUGGGAAGCCGGGGUGAAAUCCACUAAACACCAUUUAGUUAGAGUCUUAGGUAACUGUCACUUAACUUUUGAAGAGAUUUAUUGUGCAUUGUGUCAAAUAGAGGCCAUUUUAAAUUCAAGGCCUCUUACUCCUUUAACUAGCGAUCCUUCUGAUCUGCUACCACUUACUCCAGGCCAUUUUUUGAUCGGACGACCACUCACAGCUCUUCCGACUCCCUGUCUAACAGAGAUUCCUCCUUUGAGACUAACACGGUACCAGAGGAUAGAACAAUUGAGGCAACACUACUGGGUUCGCUGGUAUAAAGAAUGUCUCUGA